CCUCACCCAGCUCUCACCCGCAUCUCCCUCACCUCCGGCGAAAGACACACCAGCGCGCUCUCCUCGCUCUCCCGCAGCAAUGUCGACCGACGCAGCCGCCGACAUCCCGGUGCCUCAGGUGGAGGCGACCGCCGACCCCGUCGUGGAGACCACGGCUGACGCCGCCGCCGGCGACGCGAAACCGGCCAAGGCGACCAAGGCCAAGGCCGCCAAGACGCCCAAGGCCAAGAAGCCCUCCGCCCCGAGGAAGCCCAAGGCCGCCCCCGCCCACCCGACCUACGCUGAGAUGGUGUCGGAGGCGAUCACCGCGCUCAAGGAGAGGGGCGGGUCGAGCACCGUCGCCAUCGGCAAGUUCAUCGAGGACAAGCACAAGGCGCACCUCCCGGCCAACUUCCGCAAGAUCAUGCUGACGCAGAUCAAGAAGCUGGUCGCCGCCGGCAAGCUGACCAAGGUCAAGGCCUCCUACAAGCUCGCCAAGGCCCCCGCAGCCCCCAAGAAGCCCAAGACCAAGGCGCCAGCCAAGAAGAAGCCCGCCGCGAAGAAGAAGGCGCCGGCCAAGAAGACCACCGCCAAGUCCCCUGCCAAGAAGAAGGCGCCGGCCAAGAAGACCACCGCCAAGGCCCCAGCCAAGACCAAGGCCGCCGCCAAGCCCAAGGCGGCAGCGAAGCCCAAGGCAGCCGCCAAGAAGGCACCAGCCAAGACCACCAAGGCCGCCGCCAAGCCCAAGCCGGCCGCCAAGACGAAGGCUGCUGCCAAGCCGAAGGGCCGCCCCGCCAAGGCCGCCAAGACCUCCGCCAAGGACGCACCAGGGAAGAAGGCGGCGGCACCCGCUACCCCCAAGAAGCCAGCCGCCAGGAAGCCGCCCACCAAGCGGUCGGCGCCGGUGAAGAAGGCCACGCCCGCCAAGAAGGCCCCCGCCAAGAAGGCCAAGAAGUAGAGAGCCCGUCCUCCCGCAACGAGUUUCCAUUAGCAGUUUUCCCAUGUUCUGUGUUGUUAGUCCAGGAUUCUGUGUUCUAGACUGUAAAUUUUAUAUCCGGGUCGUGGUGCACUGGUCUCGGCCGGCGUACCCUUGGAGGUGUAUCUGUGGAUGACGAAGACGGCGGCGGCGAGGGUUUGUCCCCGGUCGUCCAUAUUACCGUAGCAGCCUGAUGUGAUGAGGUUUUUUUUAGCGUAGCAAGGUCCAUGUGACGGUGUCGAGAACAAAAUAGUGCAUUGUUUAUCUAAUUAAUUAUGAUUGAUCA